GGUGCCGUGCAGGUAACAAUCACUAAACCCUAAAUCCAUCGUCGAUUCCUUUAAAUAUUCGCUUCCUUCUUUACUUUUUUUGAUCCACUUUUUCUUCUUUUUCAAUCAAAUCCGAUUUUGUUUUCUUUUUCGCUCUGAUCAUCAAACCCUAGUUUCCCACUGAUCAUAAUUGGAUAUCGAUCGAAUCACCAUGGCGAAGAACUCCUUCAAGCUUUCUAAUCCUCUCGAGAUGAGACUGGCUGAAUCUACUCGUAUCAGAGAGAAAUACCCAGACAGAGUUCCCGUGAUUGUGGAAAAAGCUGGACAGAGUGAUGUCCCUGACAUUGACAAGAAGAAGUAUCUUGUACCGGCUGAUCUUACCGUUGGACAGUUUGUAUACGUUGUGCGGAAAAGGAUCAAGCUUGCAGCCGAAAAAGCCAUCUUUGUAUUUGUCAAGAACACAUUGCCCCCAACCGCGGCAUUGAUGUCUGCAAUCUAUGAAGAACACAAAGACGAAGAUGGGUUUCUCUACAUGACAUACAGUGGAGAGAACACAUUUGGGUCUGCCUGUUAAUUAGCUCUGCUUGGACAGUUCGACCUUCUUGAUGAUUGUACAUUCGUUUUUUUUUUUUUUUCUAGCUUACGCUCUGAUUCGUCGACCUUAAUAAUGUCUUUUUCUGGGUUUCAUCUUCUGAGCUCUCUUUUCUCACUAGAUUUGAACAAAGGUUCUAUCUUCUAUUUGAUUUGAUUUGACUCUGUUUACAUUGUUUUGUUUCCUCUCAUCUAUUUGCCAUAAACAAAACUGUAUCAUAUUUUUAAAAUUGUAUAUGAAAAAUUAGGCGAAAUUGUCUGUCAGUUUUUUAU